CACCGCCAACUGCCCCAGUCCCGACGAACCAUGACCACCACCACCAACAAUCACCAGUCGGCCAGCGCGCCACGGGAUCCCAGACCAAUCUUCUUCUUCGACAUUGACAAUUGCCUGUACUCCCGAGGUAUACAACACCGAAAUCUCAACUCCACCAUUCCACGAAAGUAAGCCGAAACCAACUAACCGGGCCCCGCGAUCUGCGCGCGCACAGAAUGCAACAUUCACGAUGAGAUGCAAAAGCUGAUCAACGCCUUUUUCAUCAAGCACCUCUCCCUCAGCACCGAAGAUGCGCACCACCUGCACAUGAAAUACUACAAGGAGUACGGGCUGGCGAUCGAGGGGCUCACGCGGCACCACAAGAUCGACCCGCUCGCAUUUAACCGCGAGGUCGACGACGCGCUGCCGCUGGACGAGAUCCUGAAGCCCGACCCGCAGCUGCGCCGGCUGCUCGAGGACAUCGACCGGAGCCAGGUGCGGCUGUGGCUGCUGACGAACGCCUACGUAACGCACGCCAAGCGCGUCGUCCGGCUGCUCGAGGUCGACGACCUGUUCGAGGGCGUCACGUACUGCGACUACUCGCAGACACCCCUGGUGUGCAAGCCCAGCCAGGUGAUGUACGACAAGGCCGAGCGGGAGGCCGGGGCUUCGAGUUCGGGGGAAUGUUAUUUUGUCGAUGAUUCCGGCUCAAAUUGCAAACACGCGGCGGAGCGCGGCUGGGCUGUGGCCCAUCUCGUCGAGCCGGGCGUCCCCGCCCCUCCCGAGCCGGCUUCCCAGUUCCAGAUCUCCAGCCUUGAGGAGUUGAGGACUUGUUUCCCUCACUUGUUCAAGCGGUCCUGAGCCCUUUUUCUCGUGAUUGUAUAGAAGCAUUCCUUCUUCUUUCUCUUUUCGCUUAUAGCAUAGACUUUUCAUAUAAUUACACGGCCCACGGGCCUUGAAGACGCUAUGAAGAAGACGAAUGACGCUGUUUGAUAUCAGAUUCCUGG